ACCGUACUUCCGGGUUGGCAUUAUUGCCAAAGAAGCUAGCAAAAAAGCCACCGUACUUCCGGGUUGGCAUUAUUGCCAAAGAAGCUAGCAAAAAACAGGAAGUGAAGACUGCAAUGAGCGCCAAAGCCAACGUCGAGGCUUCGCCCCCUUCUUCGCCCGACAGUGCCCCCGCGGCCCCGCCUGCCUCUUCGCCUGCCGAGGCCAUGGCCAACGAGGCUCGGACUCAGCCGGCCGCCACCACGGCCCUGCUCCUACCGGCGCCGUCUCCAGGCCAUCAAAAAGUGGAGCUGACCACACCCACUGUGGUGGCAACAGACCUGAAUAGAGGAGGUAGGGCCAGCGAGGCGGCCACGCCCACUUUGUCAGCACAGGUGGGCGGGCCUUGCAGCAUCGUUCACGUGCUGGAAUGGAAGGAGGGCGUGGCCAUCUUGCCCGGGAGCAACCUGAAGUUCUGUGUGAGCGAGGUGGGCGCAUUGAGCACGCUGAUCACUCCGGGGACACCCAGCAUGGCCAGUGAAGCUCCAGCAGGGACCUCCAGUCCGUGCAGCAAAGCAGACAAGUCCACCGAGAACCAGCCUGGUGCCGCUCCAGCGGGCUCGGUGAGAAGUGCGGAGGCCGAGAGGUCACCUCAGGUCCAGACGGAGCUCCAGCACAAGAAGAGCUUUUACAGCGAGGAGCUCCACAGGGAGAGGAGCGUGGGCGUGGAGAAGGUCCCGGCGGGAGGGAGGGUCUCCUUGAACCUUGAGCAGAUGAAGCCCAUGAGGAAGAGGAAGAGGAAGGAGUACAUGAGUCCUUCUGAUGAAGACUCCGACAUGGAGGAUGACAAAAUGGAAGAUUCCAGAGCAGACAGCAGACACAUCAGAGCAGGUGGAGACAUGAAGGCAGAGCAGUGGACCUGGACACAAUAUCUCCAAGAAACCAAGUCCAUCGCCGCUCCAGACCACCUUUUCCACGAGAGCCAGAGAGCUCCUGCAGUGAAGAAGGCCUUCAAGCAGGGCAUGAAGCUGGAGGGCAUCGACCCUCAGCACCCGUCCAUGUACUUUGUUCUCACCGUGGCCGAGGUGUGCGGCCACCGUCUGCGCCUUCACUUCGACGGCUACUCUGACUGCCACGACUUCUGGGUCAACGCCAACUCGCCCGACGUGCACCCAGUGGGUUGGUGUGAGCGCACGGGCCACAAACUGCACACGCCCAAAGGUUGUAAAGAGGAGGAGUUUACCUGGGCAAACUACCUGAAGAUGACCAAAGCACAAGUGGCUCCUGAAGAACUCUUUGCCAGUCCUGGCAGGACGGACAUGCAGUGCGGCUUCCAGGUGGGCAUGAAACUGGAGGCUGUGGACCGCAUGAACCCUUCGCUCAUCUGCGUGGCCACCGUCACCGACGCCGUGGACCGCCGCUUCCUGGUCCACUUUGACAACUGGGAUGACACCUACGACUACUGGUCAGCAAGUCCAAACAAUAUUUCAUGGUGUGAUGCCAGCAGUCCGUACAUUCACCCCAUUGGUUGGUGCCAGGAGAAGAGUCUUCCCCUCACCCCACCUCAAGCAGACUAUCCUGACCAGGCAGACUUCUCCUGGUCGCGCUACCUGACUGAGACGGGCUCCAAGGCGGUGGCGCCCGAGGCUUUCCAAACGCGUCCUGCACACAACUUCCUGCCUCACAUGAAACUGGAGGCUGUGGACAAGAGAAGUCCUGGUCUCAUCAGAGUGGCCACAGUGGAGGAAGUGGAGACUCACCGCAUCAAGAUCCACUAUGACGGCUGGAGUCACGUCUAUGACGAGUGGAUGGACUCGGACCACCCCGACAUCCACCCGGCAGGCUGGUGCGAGGCCACCGCUCACCCCCUCAAGGCCCCCCCGCACGAUGCCAAAACACAUCAGACCCACGAUGUGGCCAUGAUGGCGGUCCAGUCCGCCUACCCUGCACCAGUUUCCUGCAAGGCCGUCAGUCACAGCAGGAGCAGCAAGUACAGUUUCCACAACAGGAAGUGUCCGACUCCCGGCUGCGACGGAUCGGGUCACGCGACGGGGCGCUUCACGGCCCACCACUGCGUGUCGGGCUGCCCGCUGGCCGAGCGCAACCAGAGCAGGCUGAAGGCCGAGCUGUCGGACUCGGAGAGCAAGAGGAGCUUCUUCUUUGCGCAGAAGAACAAGAAGACCUCACAUUUCCGUGGCAGGAUCGGUCGCCCCCCCAAAUACAGAAAGAACCAGCAGAGAGACUUUCUCAACAUGUCCUACACGUCAUCAGUGAGUGGUCCAUCAGAGCGUGCAGUCUCUCUGUGCUGGGAGCAACACUGCAAACUACUUCCUGGAGUGGAGGGCAUUGUAGCCAAUCAGGUGGCAGCGUGGAGCGUGGAGGAGGUCUUCACUUUCGUGCAGAAUCUAAUCGGCUGUGAGGACCAGGCUCGUCUCUUCAAAGAAGAGAUGAUUGACGGCGAGGCCUUCCUGCUGCUGACGCAGACGGACAUCGUGAAGAUCAUGAGCAUCAAGCUAGGCCCCGCCCUCAAGAUCUCCAACGCCAUCCUCAUGUUCAAGAGCGCAGACGAGGCUCCCAAAUGAAGGUUCCUGUGCCAACCCCCACUUCCUGUUCCUCGCCAAUAGAGGGCCACAGACAAAAGUAUCGGGACGCCUUCUAAAACACCCGUGUGGGACGCCAUGUCAGGAAAGGGUUUGAUAAUACGUGCAGCUUGGAGACAAUGUUUUUGUAAAAGUUCAACAAAUACUUCCAAAAAAAAUAGGAGAAAAAAAAGAAAACAAGACUUAGUGCAGUAGAUUUAGUGUUUAGUGCAAUAAUUCAUUCUAAUGCCUUUCAACAAAUAUGUGGAAACACUAGCAGAGCAUUUUGUGCCAAAAUUUAAUGUACAGAAAAUGAAAUAAUGCUCAUCUAUUUAUGAUUCCGUUAGCAUACAAUUGUGAAGUCUAAUCUUAAACAAAUAGCUAUGAUCCUGUUAAUGAGCUAUGUCACGACAUCAUUCCAUUGGAAGUUUUCUAAUCAAACAAUGAGGUUUAAUAGAAUUAUUCAACAUCAUCUCACACAAUUUAUUGGACAAUUGAUAUGCGUUUAAAUUGAUUAAUUAGUCUUUGAAUAAUCUAUUUUGGUUAUUAUAAUUUAAUAUAUUUUUUUGUUUUUUUAUUUAUUUAUUUUUGUAAUUCUGAAAGGUUUAAAUUGAUCAGAAAACAGUUAGGUUUAAUAUAAAUAUUUAAGAUUAUAUUUCACAAUUUAUUGGACAAUUUGUAUGCAUUUAAAUUGAUUAAUUAGUCUUUAAAUAAUCUAUUUUGGUUAUUAUAAUUUAAUUUUUUUAUUUUUUUAUUUUUUUUAAAUAAUUUAUUUGGGUGAUUCUGAAAUGUUCUGAAAAACAGGUUUAAUAUAAAUAUUUAAGAUUAUCUUUCACAAUUUAUUGGACAAUUGUUAUGCGUUUAAAUGGAUUAAUUAGUCUUUGAAUAAUCUAUUUUGGUUAUUAUAAUUUUUUUAAAUUGUUUUCAUUUUUAUUUUAAUAAUUGAUUUGGGUAAUUCUAAAAUAUUUAGAUUGUUUAGAAAACAGUUAGGUUUAAUAUAAAUAUUUAAGAUGAUAUUUCACAAUUUAAAAAAAAAAAAAGAUCCUUUAUUUCAAGUAAUUAAACCAAUAAUUAGGUUUAAUAUAAAUAUUUAAGAUUAUACUUCACAAUU